UCUGUAGGGACAUGAAGCACUUAGGCAGGCCUUUAGACAGGCCAGCACUGCUGUCUCUUUGAAGCCUCCUGAGGAUUUCUAGGCAGCUGGAAUGCCAGGCUGCACACCCCACUCCAUGGCACUUGUGGCUUUAUAUAGUCAGAGUGUUCAGCCACUAAUCUGUAGCAGAUUUAAUCUUGAUGUACAUUUUUAAUGUAUGUUAUCCGGUGAGGUUGAAUAACUGUGGACAAAUGGAUGUUGUACCAGGAAGUAGUCUAAUGCCUAAUUUUCUUUGUAGACUAUUUUUAUUUGUGAGAAGGGCUCUCUAAAAUCUCUGUAGCAGGCUUUCUUAAUUUAAUUAAAGCUCUGUGGUAUUUCUAAGCUCUGUACAGGUGCAGACUAUGGGCAAGUUGUGUUUAUAUCACCCUGUUGUAGAGCACAUCCCUUCCUUUUAAAACAAACAAGUAAUAAAUGACCCAUUGAACAGUUACAUUCCCUCAAAAUAGAAAGUUGUUGUAAUAUCUCAUUUGUUUCAAAGGCUUUGCAUUCUGCUCUUAACAUGUGUUCUUCUUUUUAUAUGAUGGUGAAGUCUUUUUGGCAAAACCUUAUCUUUGCUUGGAGUUCGCUCAUUUUUUAGAGUAGCUCAUCUUUCUACUCAAGUCCCAUAAAAAGUAAUUUUCUAUGUUAUACAGCAAGCUGAUGAUUUCAAAAGCACAAGGUGUUAAAGCUGAUAAAAUCUUGAAGGUUGUUGAAGUAUGUGGAUUUUUUUCUAAGAAUUCAAAUGUGCCUGCAUUUAUCUAGAGAGGGCGCUGUUUCUGAAGUUUCUUCAUGAAGAAUGGAAGUUUUGAGAUUGAACAGACCAGUAUAUGAUGAGAUGAAAUGCAGUGUCUGCAUGGCUCAAAAGCUGUCUGAUUCUUUCUGAUUUUACAUAGUGACUGAGGAAAUGCCCUUGAUUUAUUAUGUUACUCAAAAUACUUCAUAGAAGUUCUUUUACAGUAAAAUUGAAGUACUUAAUUAAAAUGAACCACAGUGUUUAUAGGUUUAGCAGCAUUUGGGAGAAAGCUAAGGAUGAUGGGAAGUGGUUUAUAUCUAUGUAAGACAGUAAGUCAAGAGGUGAUCUGGAAAUAGAAUGUGUGUCUGUGUUCUCCCAGUCCCUGUAACAUCUACCGAAUCUCUUUAUUUCUGAGUCCAUGCCACUGAGAGUUUCCCUUUUCAUAGUGACAUCCAAUAGCAUUUGAAUUCUAUCAGUAUUUUUAGUACUCUGUCAUAAGUGAUGCCCAGCUGAUUGGGCAGUUUGCCGAAAACUCUUCCUGUAAUCGUGUAUAGUUACUAUAUGUUUUAAUUAGUCAAAACAGGUGUAGUGUUAGUUCUGCUGGUGGAAGCUUUUUAAUGUUCUGUGCUAACUGGCCUGCUUUUGCUGAUUUAAGUCCCAUGCUGCUUUCAGCCCAGUGCAGAACGAAUUCUGUAAAUACUUGGGUGAUCUUGAAGGAGAUCUUGAGCACAUGUACGGUAUUACUCUGCUGAACUACAAAGUAGUGCCAGCAAAGAAUGUCGGGGGUGUACAGAAUAUUUUAAUGCAAAAGGAAGUGUCUGAAAUUGGUGCAAGGAUUAGCAGCCUUGCUUUCCAUGAGUACUUCCAUAUUAACUGCACUAAACCAGCUGUACUAUGUUGGAUAGACAUCUAAACAUUUGUCACUUGUGUAUGAUCAUUAAUAGUUCCUUUAGAUCUGUUGCAGCUGCACAGAUCUGUGUAUAAACAGUAUAUUGAUGAUGUGCUACUAUACUCACCUAAUGAUGUGCUACUAUACUCACUAGGGAAUCAGGAGUCUGCAAUAUCUCAUUUUCUGUCUCUACUUGUAUUAGCUUAAACUUUCCUUAACUGCUGUCUCGGUUGAAAUAUGUUUUAAAACAAGUUUUUUUUUAUAAAUGCUUUCAAAAUAAUUUGUUGUGAAAGAUAGUGUUUCUGAAUCCUGACCUUCCAUGAAGGCAGGUGCUUUUGCAUGGACAUCGCUGAUACCAUAUGAAUUUAUAUGCAGGCUGGUGCAAAGUUUUGAAUAAUCUUAAACCUUUGUUGGGGCUCAUGUGUCAAAAUAAACAGCUGCUACUAAUGGUUCAAAUAUAUCAGGUGCCCAUGUGAUCAAGCUAAAAAAUGCAUAUUUAAACAAUAUCAGGUAUCUCAGGGAUAUCAAGAAUGGUGGUUAGGGAACACAAGAUGACUGAAUCUCCUGUUGUGUUUUAAAUGUGUUUGUUUUAGUAUGAUGAUGUGGAUUUUUUUAGGGAGAAAACUGUUUCUCUCUUGUCUAAUGGUGGAAGUGCUAUUGCAGCUCUCAGUUUCCUCCCCUUUAACCCAGACAGAUGCUGGUACCUUAUGUGUAAAUGGACGUGGAAAUCUGUAAGGAAAGAGUUACUUGUCAAAGAACUACGUUUUGGAGUUAAAAGGUUGUGCUUUUACUUGCUCAUUUUUGUUUUCAGUUGGACAGGACAACUGAAUAUCAGAGCUUCUCUAACUCUAGGUAAUCUGGAUUUGGUAAAAAUCCUGUUCCUGCCCUUUGUUCACAGGUUCUAGUCAGUACCAGAUUUAGAGAUUUUGAUGCCGCUGAUAAAGAAGGUUGAUGUUGAAUAACUAGCAUUAACUUUAUAGGGUCAGUUGUGAAGUAGAGUUCUUGAAGAAGGCUCUUGCAGGUUGAUUUUGAUGCUAUUAGCUAAGUUAGCUCUGAAGUUGCCUAAUGUAAGAUAGCAAAACUUGAAAGGAUUUGUAUUUUUCUGUGCAGAUACAAAAAUGCUGAGUAUUGAAAAAAUACAUUUGUUUUCAAUUUAGGGUGAGGAACUGCCUCUUGCCAAAUCAAUAAAAAAUGACAGUAAUGCUCGAUCAUUGUGCAUUUUAGUGUAUUUUAAGAUAAAGAAAAGUGCAAAGAUUGUACCCUGUUAUUUAAACAGACAUAUCUCUUUUUGCAUUAUAACCUAGACUCUAAUUUCAUUGCACCCCUUAUGAGUUAAACAUUCUAAUAAAAUACAUAUGACAUUUUAUUUGACCUGCUGCUGCUUUUUUUGCAUAUAUGCAACUCUUCAGUAGAUUAGUGUUAAAAUGCUGUCUAAAUUGAGUAUUUAAGUACAUGGAUAUGUGCAUUUCUUUCAAAGGCUGGUGAGAAAAAUACUGAAUUUAAAUUACUUCAGGUUUUAUUUUAUGGUGAGUAAAUGGAUCAAUAAAUCUUGAAGACUAGUGGUCUUUGAUAUCAUAAAUGACCUCUGUUUCAUUUUCCUAGGGCCUUAAAUAUCUUCCUUGAGUGGUCCUGUGCACUAAAAUAAAGAUCUGAGUUUGCCCUGCUUGGUUUUCCUAAUUCCUUAUCUCCCUGUCAUCAUCCUAGUUGAAAAGUGUUUUGUUAAUCUGAUUUGAGUAGCUAAGAGGAUUUGUACAGAUCUCCGACUGUUGAAUGAGUACCAUGUCUUGGAUGACCAGGAACAAAUGAAAGAAAGGGAAAGCUACUUUUUAUUAUAGAUGUUUUAGAUGACUGUUCAAACUACCUUAUCUUUUUUUGAAGAGUGACUAUGCAUGAGAGGCAUGUAUUCUCUUAAGCUCAGCACAAUAGUUUUCAUGAACAGUAACUUUGCUUACUUUAUUUAGUAAGAGAGAUUAAUGAAACAAGUAAUCCUGUAUGUUGGUUAUUUUUAAAUUGUUUUUAUUUGCAGGUAUGGGAUAAGAUAUUUCCAGAGUAAUAAGCAUGGUUCAGCAACGAAAAUGUGCUUUAUGUCACAUUGUGUACAACUCAAAAAAGGAGAUGGAAGAACACAAGAGAAGCAUGCUUCACCACAGAGAACUGGAAAACCUGAAGGGAAGGGAUAGCAGCCAUGAGUGCCGGGUGUGCAGGGUGACGCUGGUGGGUUUGUCAGCAUAUGCCAAGCACAUCUCCAGUCAGCUGCACAAAGACAACGUUAGUGCCCAUGACAGAAAAGAGGAAGAGAAAGAAGCGGCAGAAGAAGAAGACCUUGACAGAGAACUCAUUCAACUAAUCAAGCAAAAGAAGGAACGGAACCGGCAAACUGAACCAAGUUGUGUAAACCAAGAAUUAGAAUGUGAUGAUAGGAGAUCACAGAGAAGGCGAGAAGAAAGAGCUGCUUACAAAGAAAGAGAAGCUUAUGAUCAGUCGUCAUGGCAUCAUCAUAAUGCAUCACAAAGGGACUGGAAAUGGGAAAAGGAUGAUUAUGUUAGUCCUAGACAAGGCAAAUUUUCACACUCUCAGAGGAACCUUAAUAUACACAGACAUUCAGGUGGUGCAAAGGGACGCUCUGGGUGGCACCAGAAUGUUUCAGGAAACCCUUCAAUUCGACAUAAUUAUGGGAAUUCUGGAAACGCUUGGCAUCUGAGUGGGCGGAGAGGAGGAGCAUCAAAUUGGCAUCAUGGUGCCAGAGAAAGAAAUUCUACUUGGCACUCAGAAGAAACGGGUCAUUUUUCUAGCUGGAAUUCCAAGAGUUAUGGAGGAAACUGGAAACCAAGUCCUCAUGGUGCAAAUGGCUGGAAUUUUGGAAGCUCAGGAGAUUCAUAUUUAUCAGAGCCAAAUAUAUACAGUCAGGAAAGGUCUGCAUGGCAGCGGCCAGAGAAAGGCAAUGUUCUGCCACAUAGAAAUCGAAGAAAUAGGGGUGACCGUCUGGAUUUUACUAGUGAUGAGCUUGCUGCUGAGGGGGUGUUAGAAUUUAGUACAUUGAAACAACCAGAAAGCAAAACUUCAAGAGCCAGUGGAAAAAGUGUCAGUCCUUCCAGAGAUAAAACAUAUCGCUGGAGUCCCUACCCAUACCAGAAAACCGCAGAUCAGCAACCACGGUCUGAAGAUAAUGUUUCAAAAACUUCAGAUAAAAUGGGUUCUGUACUUACACCUCUUACUGAUUCAUCAAUGAAAGGAGAAACUUGUGAAGCCAAUAUUAGCCUUUCACAACUUAAAAACCAUGAAGCAUCUUCGCCUUCUAAUGGAACCUCAGAUCACCUUGAUUCUUGCAAGGUUAUGGAAGACUCUUCCAGUGGCGAAAAGCCUGACAGAGAUGAUGGCAGAAGUAAUAGGAUGCCAUCACUGAAAUCCCCUCUUCUCAAUAUCACAGAUACGAAAUUAUCCUUGAUAAACCAAGAUGCGAACAGUCUCUUAAAAAAUGUCAGGCUUCUGUUAUCCUCAGCUAGUGGUGAAGAGCAGAAUCAUCUGAAUGCGGUGAACUUGGAAACAAACAGUUUCUCCUCUUAUUCAUCAAAGCUGCAUGCUGCUUGUGUUGGUAACUUACAAGACAACAAAGAUGUGCUUGGUAGCAAUCUUGGAGAGCCUAUGAAUAACUUAAGUGAAGCAGAACAAAAUCCCAAAGGUGUCCAGUGCAACCAUUCCUUGCAAAAUGCUCCCUUAAGCUCUUGCAAAGAUACAAGUGACCAGAAUAGGGAAGAAACUGGGAAGACAUUGCCAAAGAAGGAGUUCAGACUAGGUUCAUUAGAUGUGAGUGGUGAUGAUUUAAUGGGAAGUGAGAAGUCAGAAGCAAAAGUUGAAAUGUUGGAUUCUUUUUUACCCUGUGACACUCCUGAAGGUAAAACUACCACCUCUGAAAGGGAAGAUGAUAAAAAGCCGUCUGCUUCAAGCAUUGCUUCUGCUGAGCUAAAAAAUUUUACAUUUCAGAUAGAACCCACAGUUUCUUCGUCAAGCAGUCAGGACCAUUUGCAUGUGGAUUUGAAAAGCUCACAGGACAGGGAAGGGAAUGAAGAGUGUGUCAAGUCACGUGAUCAAUUUGAAAUUGAAGGUUUUGAAAAUCCUUCAGAUAAUGAGCUUCAAAAAGGAGGAAGCCAGUCAGGAGGCCUCCUUCUUCCAGAUUUAAGCAAACUUGGCCUGCCUGCUUCUCUGCAAAGAGAUCUGACACGGCAUAUCAGUCUGAAGAGCAAAGUCGGGACAAAUCUCCCAGAGCCCAAUCUCAAUAACGCACGCCGCAUUCGGAAUGUGAAUUGCCUUCGGAGAAGUGAGACAGAGAAGGAGUCAGGGCUUAAACCUACCCUCAGGCAGAUUCUUAGUGCUUCCCGGCGAAAUGUUAACUGGGAUCAGGUCAUCCAGCAGGUAACCAAGAAGAAACAGGAACUUGGCAAAGGUUUACCAAGGUUUGGCAUAGAAAUGGUGCCUCUUGUUCAAAAUGAGCAAGAGGGUCUAGAACUCACUGAAGAAUCUGAUCCGACUGCUCUAGAAGGAUUCCAGUGGGAAGGGAUUUCCUUAGUGUCUGGCUCAGCCAGAAAACGUAGCUUUUCUGAAAGCAGUGUCAUAGCAGACAGAAAUCCUUCUGCUUAUAGCUUUUUCAGUGAACAAGCCAAAAUGAAAGAAAGUGGGCAAAGGCAAGUAAUUGCAGCCAGCCACCCACAUCAUAUAACAUCUGGAUAUGAGGCAAACACUGACAUUGAGGCUGAUCAGAAAGAGGGGACACCAUCUCUUGCUUUGUCACCUUUUAUGUCUGAAAGAACCGAGGCUAGCAGAAGUCACAACCUACAGGCCACCUCUGAGAUCACAGGCCGCACAGAAGAAGACCAGGAGAGCCCAGAGAAGAGAACACCUCUUCUUGAAAAACAAAAUGUAUUAGAGGUUUCAGAAGAAAAUCGUCCAGCUUCAAAUAGUGCUUCACUUUUUGCAAUGUCUAAUAACAUAGAUGCAGCUACAGACAGUAGCUGCACAUCUGGGACUGAACAGAAUGACAGCCAAGGAAUUGGAAAGAAGCGAAGAGCAACUGGAGAAGGAUCUUCUCCUGAAAUCCCUAGUCUAGAAAGAAAGAAUAAAAGAAGAAAAAUCAAAGGUAAAAAAGAACGUUCUCAGGUAGACCAGUUAUUGGCUAUUUCUCUGAGGGAAGAAGAGUUAAGCAGGUCCCUGCAGAAUGUGGACAACAGUCUCUUGCAGGCAAGGGCUGCCCUGAGGGCUGCCUAUGUUGAGGUUCAACGGUUCCUUGUGUUAAAGCAACAGAUAACUAUGGAAAUGAGUACACUGAGAAGUCAAAGAAUCCAGAUCUUGCAGGGGCUACAAGAAACAUAUGAACCUCCUGAACUCUCAGAGCAACUUUCCUGCAGUGCUCUAACUGAGAGACGAAAUAGCAAAUCUCAGAUGGCAGCUGACUCAAUUCCUUCAAGCUCUCUCCUGCCUGUUUUGGACACUUUGUCUUCCUCUGUACCCCCUCGAGGAGCUGCUGUUCCCGUAACCGUCCCAUCACCAUUCCAGUCUUCUGGCAAUACACCUUCCAAUACUCCUGACUCCUCAGUGCAAGUUAAACGAGAACCUGUGUCUCCAAAAGGCACAGAACUAAAUGUGAAUUCUGUACUCCAGAGCUCUCCAUGUCCUCCACAAACAGAAGAGGUGGAACAGAAUGAUGAGACCAACCAGAAAACUUCAGUGUAUCCAGUUAUCACUGCAGCCAUAUCCCUAGCAGGGCUGGCAGCUUGUUUCCAACACACUGAUCAAGAUGUCCACGAGCCUGCUGCAGACGAGGGACAGUCUGGACUUCCUGAGAACUCUUCUCCUCAUUCAGUGUCUGUUUUCAGCAAGAGAGAAGCAAAUGAUACAGCUGCUGAAAGACUUUUAGUGGAUCAGUGUAGCACUUCUCUUUCAAAGCAUUCGGUCCUUCUCGAAGUGCCAAUGGAUAAAACUCCCAAAUUGUCUGCAGAACCGUCUGAGCAACACUUGACAAUGGCUGCAGUCCCAGCAGAGAAAGGGAAUAGAAGGAGGAGAAAGUUAAGGAAGAAGAAAACUCUGAGGGCAGCCCAUGUGCCGGACAACAGCGAUACAGAGCAGGAUAUGAUUGACUUCAAGCCUGUCCGGAAAGUCAAGGGUGGAAAGGUUCCUAAAGGAGAAAAAGUUACUCCUCCAAGAGAGGAGGGUGAAGUUACUGCUCAAGCAGCAAGAAACAAAGAUGAGAAUGAUAGUGAUGCUUCUCUGGAACUAGUGGAAGUUUCAGCACCUCAGUGUGAGGUGGUUGAUGUUGGUUCAUCAGUGUCAGGAGAUGAGAAACCAGACAGUCCAUCAAAGAGGGAUUCAUGCAACUCUGUGGAUCAAGCAGUCCUAGAGGCAUCUUGUUCUGGGUAUGAUGAAGUGAGCUCCACCAGUGAGAUUGACACAAAUCGUAGGAAUGAUGGGAAAAAAAGUGUGGCUGAGACACAGACUUCCAUAUCAUUCCUAAGAGGAUCAAAAAACUCCUCAGAAGUGUCUUCGGAGCCAGGUGAGGAUGAAGAACCUACUGAGGGAACUUUUGAGGGACACUUGGCUGCAGUGAAUGCUAUUCAGAUUUUUGGGAAUUUGCUGUACACCUGCUCAGCAGACAAAACAGUUUGUGCCUACAAUCUCGUUAGCAGGAAGUGUGUGGCCAUCUUUGAAGGACAUACUUCAAAAGUGAACUGCCUUCUGGUCACUCAGACAAAUGGGAAGAAUGCUGCCCUCUACACUGGCUCAAGCGACCACACUAUCAACUGUUACAAUAUCAAGACCAAAGAGUGCAUGGAACAGUUUAAAUUGGAAGAUCGAGUGCUCUGUUUACACAGUAGAUGGCGGAUCCUUUAUGCAGGUCUUGCAAAUGGCACAGUGGUUACUUUCAGCAUAAAGAAUAAUAAACAGGUUGAUACCUUUGAAUGCCAUGGCCCUAGAGCAGUGAGCUGUUUAGCCACAGCUCAGGAAGGAGCACGCAAGUUGUUGGUAGUGGGCUCCUAUGACUGCACCAUCAGCGUGCGAGAUGCGCGGAAUGGGCUGCUCCUCAGAACCCUGGAAGGUCACAGCAAGACUAUUCUCUGCAUGAAGGUUGUGAAUGAUCUGGUAUUCAGUGGGUCCAGCGAUCAGUCUGUCCAUGCCCACAACAUUCAUACUGGAGAGCUGGUACGGAUCUAUAAGGGCCAUAACCAUGCAGUAACGGUUGUGAACAUUCUUGGGAAAGUCAUGGUGACAGCAUGUCUGGAUAAAUUUGUUCGUGUUUAUGAACUACAGUCACACGACCGCUUGCAAGUCUAUGGAGGCCACUCAGAUAUGAUCAUGUGUAUGACCAUCCAUAAGAGCAUGAUCUACACCGGAUGCUAUGAUGGCAGUGUCAGAGCUGUGAGGCUUAAUCUGAUGCAAAAUUAUCGAUGCUGGUGGCAUGGAUGUUCACUGAUCUUUGGGGUUGUGGACCAUCUGAAACAACACCUGCUAACUGACCACACGAAUCCAAAUUUUCAGACCCUGAAAUGUCGUUGGAAGAACUGUGAUGCUUUCUUUACUUCCAGGAAAGGUUCCAAGCAGGAUGCUGUAGGACACAUUGAAAGACAUGCUGAGGAUGACAGCAGGAUUGACUCAUGAAGCUUUUCACCUCCCACAUUGGGAAGUAAUUUUGUAUGUCAGAAUUAUUCCAAAUAACAUCAGUUUCUUACUCCAGUCUUUCCUUUUUCUUUUCUCACUUGGAAUGCAAAAACUGAGUGGGGCUGAAAUGCAUUGCUGUGGAGACUGCAGGUUGUGUUGUACUCUGCAGAAAUAAGGCUGGUAAUUAAGACUUAGCCCAAGUUCUUGCAAGUUUUUAAUUAAUUGGUGGACAAGAAUAUUCAUUCCUGUUGUCUGCCUUGUUUCUUUGUUGUUUGUCUUUUUUCAGGUGGUUUUAUUUGUUUUUUUAAGAAGCAUGGUCUUUGGGAAGCCCAAAGGGGUGUUGAAAACUUAGAUUACAAUAGGUGCUGCUGUUUGCAAACUCAGCUGGAAUCCUGUUAUGUGUCUAAGACAUGUCUGGUUUUGUUGUAUCCAGUUUUAUAGCUGAUUUUAAUAAAAUUCUGCAAACCAGAAUAUCACAAAUUCUAACAAUGUAACCUGAAUAUCCAGUGUACAUUUUUACUUUCUUCAUAAAAGGAAAAGUUAUUUUAUGGGGACUGGAAUAAACUAAUUUUUUAAUGUUAAUUGUAACUUAUUUUUUAUUCCUUGUGUAAAAGUUGCUAUAACUGGCACAAUAUAUACAGUGAUAGAUAUACCAUAUCUCUUGAGAUAUUUUGUUUAUUUUCAGGAAAGUGAUUAUUUCUUGAGAGAAAUGCCAGUAGCAGCAAAACAGCCAGAACAGUAGCUCUACUCACAGGCUUUGCAAUCUUAGUCUUUUUCAGUAUAGGUCCUAAUGUAUGGGAAAGAAGUAAGUGGUAUUUGUUUUUCUUUUAAAGAGCAGCAUAACCACCACUGCUGUCUUGAUAAAACACCAUAAUUGGAUUGCUGAUUUUAUGUAAUCUUAGUGACUGAGCUUUGCAGUCCCAUACUCUCUAGGCAUAGCAAACCAAGAGAAAUGCAAAGGUACUGUGUGUCUGAGUGUGUCCACUUUGGUAGUGUUUUGUUUCUGUUGUGAACUGACUUAAUUGGCUUGGGCUAUAUAAAGUUCACAAAAACUCAACUGGAAAGAAUGGAGCAGGAUUUUAAUGUCUAAAUUUCUCAAGCAGAAGCUGAGGAUAUGAAAUGCAUAUCACAUUUGUAAAAGUCUUAUUUCUCCUAAUGCACAGAAAGUACCACAGAGAGUCCAGUGCAGAAGGGAAGACUGUUUCAGCUUGUCAGGGUUCCCCUGCAAGUGUUCCCUUGAGCGGGAUGGCUUCACUUUGUGAAGUGCAGUGCAAUGCCCUUCUGGCACUAGCCAUCCUCUGUCCCUUAAUGACACUAAUUUAGCAAAGAACCCUCUUAACAUUGAGACUAAUCUAGCAAGGAUCUUUGUGUUCACUUUUGUCUAGCUUGCUGCUCAGGAUAAAAUAAGCAGAGAUUUUCCUAAGCUGUAAGUGAAGGUGAAACUGAGUUGCUUAUACACGAAUCCAGUGCCAGUUUUUCAAAAAACCCUGAGUAGGGUAUCUUUUUCACAACCACUUUCAGACUUGUCAACCACAGACCAAAUAAGUUUUAUAGCCUCAUUCUUUGACUGUAAAGAAGCCUUUUUAGGCCAAGAAAGUGAAUGAUUCAGGAAAUCCCUUGGAUGUUCCACUGCCAUCAAAUCAAGGAACUUCAGGGCCUUCUCUGGAGCACACUGGUUUUGUAUUAUCUUAGCAGACAAGCAGAAUUGCUCUUACACUGAUUAAUAUUUUUUGUGAGACAGGAGUAAAAUAUGAAUGAGAUGCAAUAGCAUCUUCCUUCAAAGACAUGGGAGUCUCUGAGAUUCCAGUGCUUUUGUGGUGAUUGAUUUUGUUUGUUUACUUUUUAUUAAGCUGUUUGUGCAUAGCAAAAAGCCCUAAUAUGUGGCCUAGACCUCAGGCUAUUCUGAGGAUGGUGUUGUUUUGGUUUUUGGGGAAUGUGUGUUUAUGGUUUUGGUGCUGGGCUUUUUUAAUCUUUCUUUCUGUGGGCUGUGGAUGAAGCAAUUCAAUAGAGAAUCAAGUUUGGGAAGUCUUUAAGUGGUGUAGAUGUUUUAUGAUUGACAGUGUAAUGCUCUUAAGUCUGAGAGCAUUUGUUUGGGUUUUUUCAUGACCUAAAAGCAGAAGACUGCAUAAUACUUAAACCAUUUCCAAAGGUGUUGAUAUUCAGGAGUUCUUCUAGGAGUUUUUUGAACCACAAUGAGGGAGCAUGUAAGUGUGGCAUAAACAGGAUGGGUGUCCUAAGGUGUGUUCUUCAUGGACUAUGCUGCAAGUGAAGGUGUGGAGCUGUGUCUGGAGGACAAGCCUGUGGAGCAAUAGUGGCAUUCUGAAAAAUGUGUGUGAGAGUAGAUUUUGUUACUUCUCUCUUGUGAUUCUUUCAGCUGUUUUCAGGAACAUAUAAAGAUCUUUUUCACUAGAUGUUGCAACAAACAGAGUUAUUACACUUUAUUUGCAUUCCCAUUUGCUUGUUGGGUUUAUCUUUUCUAGUUGGUGGAAGCAGUCUUUUUUUAUUUGUGUGUGGUCCAUGAUAUUUCCUUAACUGUCUUGAAAACAGUCCUCCUGAAAAGUCUGGUCUUCUGAAGUCCAGCUUUGUCAGUGGUGUCUUUUGCUACUUUGUUGGUCAUUUCAGAUACAUUGUAAGAAUCCUAAAAUGGGAAAGAGGUGGGAAAAUAGUAGAGCUACGUGAGUGAAAAAUUUUGCUUCAUAAAUCAGAAACAUUUUUUUAAAAUCCUCAGCGGUUCAGAGAAAAAUGCUGUACUGUUUUGUCAUGAGGAUAUCUUAAAAGGAAUUGCUAUGAAGUUGUGCAGUUGUGGAAAUCCCCCGGCUUCUCUGGAGUUCUGUGGAGAGCUUUCCUAUUUGUUCAGCUGGAAUUUGGUGCAGAUUUCACAACUGGCCUUCUUCUGGAGGCAGUUGCAGAUGCCAAACUAAUGUUUGUUUGUUGGUAUUCAUUAAAGAUCGUCUAUGGUCUUGCAACUUAGGGUUUUGACUCCUGAUAUACUUCUAGUUGAAGAAUGUAGUAACUUUGGGAAGUUGGGCUGUUUGUGACAUUUAACACAGUAAUAUUUGCAUGAAAAGCAGUACUGCACAUCUGAAGCCACUUUCAAGAUUUAUUUAUUUUUGAUUUUGGUUUGGUUUUUUAUGUAAGUAAAAAGUUGUGAGUGGAAGAGUGAGUAGAGUGAGGAUUUAUUUUGUGGUUAGCUGUGGAUUUUUUUAUUAGUCAGGUGUUUAAAAACAAGUUCUGGACUUGCUGUAUGGCUAAUUACAUAUGGCAGCCCUUUUGGGAUUGGUCUAGAUUAGUUUCUCCUUUCUUCUUCAAAUUUCAGAGAAAAAUAACAGAUUUCUGGCAGUGCAAAACACUCUGGCCUAAUGCUGCUGCUGCUGCUUCUGUAUGUGGAGGGGGAUGGAGGGAAAACUUCUGCAUCUCUUGGUACAAAGAUGUAUUAAAUAUCCAGGCUUCUGCUUACAUUGUGUCACUUACAUGUAAAUUACAGACUUUAAACAUAUUAUCAGCACAUAAGCUGGCUUCUGCGAAAUAGCAGGAGCUUGGCUGUAUGGAGUGUUUGAAGUAGUGCAGUUCUUAAUGCACAUUUUCAAACAGUACAAUCAGCUGGAUCAAGGUAAAUGAUAACUGCAAACUGCAAGAAAUGGUAGGGGAAAUGUUUUUGUUGGAAAAAUACUUUUCCCUUAAGCUGAAUUAAAACACAGGUACAGGUGAAUCUUCAUUUUCAGGUUUGUAUGGUACUAUAAUUCAAGCAGUCUAAGUUGUCCAGAGUUGCAGAAUAUAUGAGGAAGGAUAAGGAAAUGGUUUCAGCUACUGUUUGUAAAAUUAUUAAUCAUCAAGGAGCAAACUGUGUAGGUAUAUAUUCUAUGUGCCUGCCAGCUUCUCAUAUUUCAUUUUGCUGUAAUGUUAAACAGUCUUUUGAAAGAAUGGAAGUGGAAUAAAAUAACUUGAUUGAAUAUUUAGUAAUUUAAGCUGUGUAGAACAUGUGCACAGACUGAUCAUUGUUUUCUUCUCUCACUUUGGUACAAAGCUGUGAGUGUAAUAAUGAAACUUUACAUGGCAAAAGAAGAAAUUUUAAAAAAAUAAACUUCUUUAUAUUGUUA